CGCGGCCCGGAUCUGCUCUGCGACAGUAGUUCCCGCCCACUGAAACCGGGCCCGGGCUGGAUCCGUGUUACAGCACUGAAACGGAUGUGACUGUAAUACGGGUUUGCCGGUUUGAAAACGGAUCCGGCACAGAGUCAACUGCUGUCUGGGUUGUAAUAACAACAUUUUCUGCUCCACAUGAACGGCUUAAAAGGAUCAAGUAAACCGAAACUUAAGUGAGAAGGGUGUGAACAUUCUCUGGACGUUCUGCAGUUUCAAAUGAAAUGAAACAGAAACGUAUAGUCUAUAACACGGCCAGCAUUUCAGCGCAUCUCACAGCGGUGCAGUAGCUGAACUGAACAGAAUUCAGAAAUGUCUGCAUCUGGUUCUUCAAAGGGGAGAAAUAAAACCAGUGGUCUGAACCAGCAUUAUGAAGAGAAGGUGCGUCCAUGCAUCGACCUAGUGGACUCUCUCAGGUCUUUAGGUGUUGAAAAAGACCUGAACCUGCCAACUAUUGCUGUCAUAGGCGACCAGAGCUCAGGAAAGAGUUCAGUGCUGGAAGCCCUGUCUGGAGUGGCCCUGCCUAGAGGAACAGGUAUUGUAACACGAUGUCCUCUAGUGCUGAAACUGAUGAAGGUUACAAAGGAUGCUACCUGGCGAGGAUUGUUGUCAUAUAAGGGCCAAAAAAAAAAACUAAAAGACCCAGCAGAUGUAGAAAAUGCUGUCUUAAAUGCACAGAUAGCAUUGGCUGGACAGGGUGAAGGGAUCAGUCAUGAGAUGAUCACUCUGGAGAUCCAGUCCAAUGACGUUCCUGACCUCACACUCAUCGACUUGCCAGGCAUUGCUAGAGUUGCCACUGGAAACCAGCCAAAAGACAUAGAGAAACAAAUAAAAGAUCUCAUUGAAAAGUUCAUUAAAAGACAAGAGACCAUCAGCUUGGUUGUGGUGCCUGCGAACAUUGACAUCGCCACCACUGAGGCUCUGCAGAUGGCCUUCAAAGUUGAUUCAACUGGACAAAGGACCCUGGGUAUUCUGACUAAGCCAGACUUGGUGGACAAAGGCAUGGAGGAGAUGGUGGUCAAAACAGUCAAUAAUCAAGUAAUACAACUGAAGAAGGGCUACAUGAUUGUGAAGUGCAGAGGCCAGCAAGACAUCAAUGAGAAGCUCGAUCUGAUCAAAGCUCUAGAAAAAGAAAGAUGUUUUUUUGAUGAACAUUCUCAUUUCAGGUCUCUUCUAGAGGAUGGACAAGCUACAAUACCCCUUCUUGCAGAAAGACUCACAAAAGAAUUGGUUCAACACAUCACUAAAACGCUGCCUCAGUUACAGAAUCAACUGGAUGUGAAAUUACAGAAGACAUCUGAGGAUCUUAAGGCACUGGGAGAUGGAGUUCCUCUAGAUGAAAAUGAGCAGAGCAAUUUUCUGAUCAUGAAAAUUCGUCAGUUCAAUGAUGCCCUUGAAGGAGUAAAGAGAGCAGAGGAAGAUCUAAAAAACUCAGACGUGAGGGUCUUCACCAAAAGCAGGCAGGAAUUUGGAAAAUGGAAACAAAUCCUAGAUGACAAAAGCAUUAAAACGGAGGAAACCCUCAGAGAUGAGGUAGAAGAGUAUGUUAGGACUCGCAGAGGAAAGGAGCUUCCUGGAUUUGUGAACUAUAGAACCUUUGAGAACAUUGUCAAGAAGCACAUUGAGGAGCUAGAGGAGCCUGCUUUAAAACUGCUCAAAGACGUCACUGACAUCAUUCACACCUGUGUGGACCAUACCGUUAACUCUCAUUUUAAUGCCUUCUCUAACCUGUUGAGGGCAGCAAAAGAUCCAAUUGAAGAUUUUCUCGAAGAGCAAUUUCAGAAAUCUGAAGAGAAAAUACGUUCUCAAUUCAAGAUGGAGAAGAUUGUUUACUCUCAAGAUGUUCUCUACAGUCACCAGCUAGAAGCUGUAAAAAAAAAAAUCUUCGCAUCACAUUUUCCUUCAUUUCUCAGUGCAGAUGUACGUGAGAUGGCGCAGCAUCUCACUGCCUAUUUCACGAUUACCCGUGACCGUCUGGCUAACCAAAUUCCACUGAUAGUCCAGUACCACAUGCUGGACCAGUACAUCUCUCAGCUUCAGAAUGCAAUGCUUGCCAUGAUUGGAAGGAACAAUCCAGGAAACCUGCUCCGAGAAGAUUCUGGUGUUGCAAAUAAAAGGAAAGACCUAAAAGAGCGAUUGGAGCGCCUGAAGAAUGCAGGCAAAGUCCUGUCCAAAUUCGUGCAUUCUGCAUAAUUGUGUGUUGUUGCUGUACCAGUCCGAGAAGCUUCGGAGUCCAUUUGCUCAGAAUUGUAAGGAGCGUCAGAGUGGGUGGAAAAUCCUCAUUUAUAGUUAGUUUUUCUAAACUCGCUCCUUUAAUAUGAAUACUGUUCCUUUAGUUUAAAGUCAGAAGGAAAUCAAAGUUGACCCAUUUUAUUUAUUUAUUCUUUUAAAUAGCCUACAUGUUACUGGUCUAAUAGUAAAAACAGUUCAUCUGUGAAUAUAUUUUUACAUUUUCUUAUUAUUUGAAAAGCUGUUUUAAUCAAAAAUAGCCUGUCACAAUAUGGACAAUUGAUCAUUUCUGUUUGAUUCCAACUUUAACAAUUAUAUUAAAUUAUUGUAAUAAUAAAUCAUUUGUCAUCAUUUCCAGUUAUGAUGCUGUUCUGUUAAACAUUUGUUCCUGGUUUGAUUUAUAUUGUAUUUGCCUUUGAUUUGUAAUGUAUUCAUGUAAGACAUUCAUAUCUAAGAAUGCACUGGUUUAGGUUUAUUUGGAAGUACUUGUAAUGUUAAUAAAACUGAUGCUUUCUUUA